AUGGCUUCCACGGCUCUUCCGCCCGACUUUGAAUGGGGGUUUGCCACGGCGGCCUACCAGAUCGAGGGUGCGGUAAAUGAGGGUGGUCGCGGGAAAUGCAUCUGGGACACGUUUUGCCAUCUUGAACCCUCACGCACAAAAAAUGCCAAUGGCGACGUUGCCUGUGAUCACUAUCACCGGUUCGAAGAGGACUUUGACCUGUUGAGCAAGUAUGGAGCCCGCGCAUAUCGUUUCUCCAUUGCCUGGUCACGCAUCAUACCGCUGGGGGGAAGAGAUGACCCUAUCAAUGAAGAGGGCAUUGCCUUUUACAACCGACUUAUCGAUUCCCUUUUGCGCCGUGGAAUUACGCCCUGGGUUACUCUCUAUCAUUGGGACUUGCCGCAAGCACUGCACGACCGCUACGGUGGAUGGUUGAAUGUGGAGGAAGUCCAGAAAGAUUUCGAGAGGUAUGCCCGAGUUUGUUACGAAAGGUUUGGUGAUCGGGUUAAACGCUGGAUCACAAUAAAUGAGCCUUGGAUCCAAGCCAUAUAUGGCUACGCGACCGGAGGUAAUGCUCCUGGACGGAGCAGCACUAACCCUCGGUGCACUGAAGGCGACACUUCAAGAGAGCCCUGGAUUGUUGGAAAGGCGCUGAUUAUGAGCCAUGCUCGUGGAGUCAUUGCCUAUAACCAAGACUUUCGUCCACAUCAGGGAGGGACAAUCGGAAUCUCGCUGAAUGGGGAUUACUACGAGCCGUGGGACGCAAAUGACAGUCGCGACGCAGAAGCGGCUGAGCGUCGCAUGGAGUUUCACAUUGGCUGGUUUGCGAAUCCCAUCUUCUUGGCAAAAGACUAUCCCGAAUGCAUGCGCAAGCAGCUGGGCAGUCGCUUACCUACCUUUUCGGAACAAGAAUUCGCGGCGCUCGCAGCUGCUGAAACAGACUUUUACGGCAUGAAUUACUACACGUCGCAGUUUGCAAAGCACAGACAAGGAGCCGCGCCGGAGACCGACGUCUUGGGACACGUUGACGAGCUCCAGACCAACAAGAAGGGAGAGUCUGUAGGCGCAGAGAGCGGCGUGCACUGGCUCCGAUCGUGCCCGGCAAUGUUUCAAAAGCAUCUCACCAGGGUACAUCAUCUCUACCAAAAGCCCAUCUACAUUACGGAAAAUGGAUGUCCUUGCCCAGGAGAGGAUAAAAUGAGCAAGAGCGAGUCGAUCAAUGAUCCAUUCCGUAUUCAGUACUUUAAAGACCAUCUGGAUGCGAUUGGCAGAGCAAGACGGGACGGGUCAAUCAUCAGUGGGUACUUUGCUUGGUCCUUGAUGGAUAAUCUCGAAUGGUCCGACGGCUUUGGUCCGAGAUUUGGUGUUACAUACACAGACUACGACACAUUGGAGCGAACGCCCAAGAAGUCGGCACUGCUACUGCAACGACUGAUUGCGGAAAGACAGCUAUCUAUUGAUUGA